GCGGCAUCGGGAUGCACCCGAGAGGCGCUCAAGGCGGCGACGGACCGGUACCUGAUCGCGCAGAGCACCGGGCAGCUCGGGUGGCUGCGGACCGCACUCGCGGCCAACGCCACGUACUGGGAGAAUCUGGUGCGACUCGACCCGGCCAACAGCACACUGAGCCAGCCGCUACGCAUCGACCACAGCCGCACGUCGUACGACACGGUGCAGUGCGCCAGCUUCACCGAGAUCAUCGCCACGGACCCGGCGCGGCCCUACCAGAUCGCCAUGCAGCUGCACCUCGACGCGGCCGCCAACAAGAUCAACAAGCUCGACGGCAUCUUCACCACGACGGGCGACUUCUACUUCAACGCCAGCCACGCGCUGCACUACGCGCUGCUCGAGGACUGGGGCCCGCUGUCCGCGGCCGAGCGCACCUCGCGCACCGCGCUGCAGGCCGCCGCCGACGCCUACUACGACGUCUUCGUCAACAAGACGGUCGUCGUGCCGUGGGGCUUCCCCUGCACCCGCCUCGAGGGCGGCUACAUCGACGCCAACGGCACCUGCGACACCGACAUCCCCGACGUCACUAUCCACACCGUCGACCGCCGCUAUGUUGUCGACGAGCGCGUCGGCGUCGUCAACAUCAUCAGCAACUUUGGCAUCCUCGGCCCCGACAGCCACGAGUUCCGCAUCGUCAACGGUACUAUCCGCCGCAUCCACUCCAUGACCCUG